AACUAUUCUGGGUCUGUUUUUUCCCCAUUUUUAUUGGGUUUGAUCUGUUAAUUCCAUUGUUUCGAUCGUUCAGUGAUUGCUGGUAUGUUAGGGCUUGUUGAUCUGAAUGUAUUCGAAUUUUUGGGUCACUUCAAUUGGAUUUUUUUUAUUUUGUUAAUAACAUCAUUUUUGAAUUUUAGGGUUUUGAAUUGUUGGGAGGUAUUAAAUUUGUAGCGUUUUCGACUUUGUUUGUUGGUGGUAUUUCAGAUCAGGUGACUUUUGGUUAUGGUCUGCCCAUUUUUUAUUCUUUUAUAAUUACUUAAUACUCACAUUGAUUUGUUUUUGUUAUCCUCUACAGUAUAAUAAUAUAUAUAUAUUUUUGAAUGGUUUAUUUCUUUGCAAAUGUUUUUGGGCAAUCAAAAACACUAUGUUGCAAUGUUUCAAAUUAUAUUUUGCUUAUUUUACCUCGGAAAUUUUCUUAAUUUUUAGUAUCUUUGAUAUUAUAAUCGAUAUUCUGUUGGUUAUUAGAAAAAUUCUCUGCUUGUAUUAGCUUUUCCUGAGCGAAUCUGAUAGUCUUCUUGAUUUUCUCUUUCCUGUUGUUCCAAAGGGCCAGUUAAUUAGUGACCUCUACUCGUCUUUUUGUGAUGUCUUCUGGUAACAAAACUCCUACUGAUGAGCAUGGAAACGAGUUUGUGCUAGACUGUCUCAGUAUUUAAAUAAAUACCAGUUCAUUUAACUUGAUGAUUCCACAUGCAACUUUUUGCUGCUGAGUGGAAGCCUCGGGAAGGAAUGAUGAGGAAAAGGUGCUGAUGGGGUCGCUUGACGAGUCAAAAGAUCAAGCAGGAUCAGAAAGCAGCAUUCCUUUGUCUCCCCAAUGGCUAUAUGCUAAACCAAUUGAGACUAAGAUGGAAAUGCGGUCACCCAGUUCUCUAUCUCUUGGAAAUCCUGCGGAUCCCAAUCAGAAGGAGGGAUGGCGUACAGACGGACCUGAUGAAAAACGAGAUUGGAGGAGAACCACUACUGAACCUGAGAGCGGCCGCCGCUGGCGUGAAGAAGAAAGGGAAACUGGCUUACUUGGUAGAAGAGAUCGCAGGAAAGGGGAUCGUCGUGUUGAAAGCACUUCAGCCAGAGAAACCACGGAUAUUAGAGCUUUGCCUUCUUCUGACAGGUGGCAUGAUGCUAGUAAUCGCAAUACUGGGCAUGAAAUGCGGCGUGAUAGCAAAUGGUCAUCUAGGUGGGGUCCUGAGGACAAAGAUAAGGAAUCUCGGACCGAAAAGAGGACAGAUUUAGAGAAGGAAGAUGCUCACAAUGACAAUCAAACAUUUUCUGGUAGCAAUCGUGUGGUUCCUGAGCCCUCAGAUUCUCGUGACAAGUGGAGGCCACGCCAUAGAAUGGAGGGAAAUUCUAGUGGACAAGGUUCCUACCGUGCUGCACCUGGAUUUGGACUUGAGAGGGGUCGGGUGGAGGGUUCGAAUACGGGGUUCACUAUAGGACGCGGACGAUCUAGCACAUCUGUUGUAAGACCUUCAUCUGCGGGUCCCAUUGGCGCUGCUCAUUUGGACAAGAAUGAAGGUGUUCCUGGAAAACUGAGCCUAUUAGCUGAUAGAUUUUGUUAUCCAAGGGGGAAGCUUCUUGACAUUUAUCGCAGGCAGAAACUGGACCCAUCUUUUGCUACCAUUCCUGACCAGCUGGAGGAAGUCCCUCCAAUAUCGCAAGUAACUGUUAUUGAACCAUUAGCUUUUGUAGCUCCUGAUGCAGAAGAGGAGGCUAUCCUUGGUGAUAUAUGGAAGGGAAAAAUCACCAGUAGUGGGGUAUUGUACAACUCAUUUAGGAAGGAAAGAUCAACUGAUAAUUUUACAGGCAUUGGAGACUUGGAAUUUACCAAUGGAAAACAGGGUAGCCUCCCCUCAAUGAUGACUGAAAAGACUGUUGAUACCUUCCGAGAAGCUGCUGCUGCUGAUGUAUAUCAAGCUGAUGUUGAUGGCACCUUGUACAAUGAUGGUCCUAUGACGAAUUUGAUAUCUGGAGAUAAGCGAGAAGGGGAACAUGAAUUUUCUGCGACUAUUAUAGGGAUGCAUAGAGAUGAAUUAAUACAAAAGAUUUCAAAUAGUAACAAUGUUUACAGUGCACAAGAUACAGGUGGUGUUUACUCCGAUGCUUCUCAGCUAAAAGUUGCAGAUUCUGCUUUUCCUGAACAUCCUCUUAAUGAUGAUGACAUUAAGCCUGCUGCUUCCUUUGACAUCAGCACCAAGCUUCCAGAUGAUUCAAAUUCUUUAUUUGUUAUGUCAUCUCCUGAGCUGAAUUGGAGUGACAGUAUCCGGCACUUGGAGAACAGCAGCAAAGAAAAACUGUUAGAAAGGAGUAUCCCGCCCGAGGAGUUGAGUUUGUUCUAUUGUGAUCCUCAAGGAGAGAUACAGGGACCGUUUCUUGGGGUUGACAUCAUUUCAUGGUUUGAGCAAGGGUUUUUUGGGGCAGAUUUGCCUGUCCGCUUGGAAGAUGCUCCAAAAGGAACACCUUUUCAAGAAUUGGGUGAGGUCAUGCCACAUCUAAAACUUAGAGAUGGGCAUGGUAGCGCCGAUCUAAGUUCUAAGAUACAACAGCUUGGAGCAUUGGAAGGGAACGAGUCUGCUUUACCUGCUUCUACUCCUGUUCCUGACAUGUUUCAUUCAUCUGAACUAAAUAACCAGUCUUGGCAGUUGCCUGAAUUUGUUGGUUUGCCAGCGCAGCAUGUUCAGUCAAGAAUAUCUGAGAAUGAAGGUUCUUUGCAGCUCUCGUAUUCUGAGGGUCAAAGAUUUCAUAAUUCCUCCGCCCAAGAUGAAGAGAUUGUGUUUCCAGGAAGACCAAGUAGCGGCAAUCCAAUUGGGAAAACUUCUAGGAGCCUUAAUGAUCCUUCUGCUGAUCCCAUUAACAAUGCUUCUAUUCCAACUGAAUUUUCGGAACUUGGCAUGCCAAAUCAGAAUGAUAGCAAGUUUCAUCCUUUUGGGUUGUUGUGGUCUGAGCUUGAAGGAACUCAUGCAAGACGUAACCAGUUAUCAGUUAUGCCCGCUAACAGUGGUGUUCAGGAUCAACUUAUAGAGUCUAUGUCCGGAAGAGUUGGCCCAUUUGAUGUGAUGGCUAAUUCAACACGUGCUGCAGAGACAUGGUCUGAUGCCUAUAGAAGAAACACACUUUCUGAGCACGACUUGUAUCAAGAUGCCAUGGAUGCUCGCCGGUUGUCACAUAUGGACCAAGAAUCUAACCACUUUGAUUUAGCAGAAAAGCUUUUGCCACAACAGUGUCAACAACAGAUCCAUCAGCGUAAUAUGUUGUCUCCUCAUCCUCACUUGAACGAAUUGUUAUUGGAACAAGUACCAAGUCAGAAUUCUAUCCACCACCAACAGCUGGCCACUCAAAUGGGGCCUGACCUGGAACACUUUUUGGCCCUUCAGCUGCAGCAGCAGCAGCAGCAGCGGCAGCGGCAGCUUCAACUCCAACAACAUCAUCAAUUGCAGCAACAGCAAAUUCUGUUGCAGGAGCAACAGCAGUCUCAAGCUCGGCAGCUGCUGCUUGAACAAUUGGUGCAGAGCCAAAUGCAUGAUCCUGGGCGUGGACAGUUUCACGUUGAUGCUGUGAGAGGCAAUAAUGCUCUUGAUGAGCUUUUAUUAAAGCAGCACAUUCUACAAGAACUACAACAGCGUUCUCAUCAUCCUCCAAGGCAUGCUGAUCCAUCCUUUGAGCAUCUUCUUCAAGCUAAAUUUGGUCACAUGCCACAUCAAGGGCACCAAGGUGAUUUAUUGGAGCUUGUAUCACGUGCAAAGCUUGGACAGAUGCAUUCUUUGGAACAACAGUUUCUUCACCAAGAGCAAUUGCAAGCGAGGCAGUUACCUAUGGGAUUGAGGCAGAGGGCAAAACUAGAAGAAGAGAGGCUUAUCGGUUCUGGCUGGCCUGUUGAUGAAUCCAAUCAGUUUAACAGAAGUCCUGCUGGUACUCACCGAGAUCAAUAUGCUGGGGUUGGCCCACUAGAUUUUUAUCAGCAACAACAGAGACUGUCCUCUGAGGAGCAGCUGAGUCGUCUUGAUCGGAAUCUUUCAUUGCAAGAUCAAUUCCAGCGAGGCUUUUAUGACCCUUCGUCACUGCCAUUUGAGCAUUCGUUGUCUUUGCCUGUUCGUGCUCCUGGAAUGAACCAGGAUGUUGUAAAUGCUGUAGCUCGUGCUCAAGGUUUUGAUAUGGAGGAACCUAGUGCACGAAUGCACUCUGCUGGUCAAGUUGGUGGGCUCUCCUCUGGUUUUCACUCUCACCACCCUUUGGUUUCCAACCAGUAUCAUUCUUCACAUUCAGAUAUGAUGGAAGGCCACUGGUCUGAGAGCAACGGUCAACUACCAAAUGACUGGAUGGAAUCACGGAUUCAACAAUUGCAUCUUAAUGCUGAGCUGCAGAAAAGGGAGUCAGAAGUCAGAAUGACUAAUGAAGAUCCAAGUUUAUGGAUGUCAGGUGGAACAAAUGAUGAUCGUUCGAAGCGGUUGCUUAUGGAAUUACUUCAUCAGAAAUCAGGCCAUCAGUCAACUGAACCAUUCGAUAUGAGCAGUGGUGUAUCCUAUGAUAGAAAGGCCUCUUCUGGUCCUUUUAAUGGGACAAGAUCUUCAAAUCAGCCCUUCAGUUUUCUGUCAGAUCAGGAAGCAGGGGCGAACAGCUUGUUCUCUGUAGGGUCCUAUGGUUCUAAUUCAGGUGGACCACCACAGGUGGGUUUAGUGGAUGAGAAAGCUAAUAGUAUGGAAAGCAGUGAAAGAUUGCCCCUUAGGUCCAAUUCUGGAUCAUUGAUUUUAGGAGAUAAAUUCUUUUCGAGUGCCAAUGAAACUUCUCAGGCAAUUUAUACAAACUCCAACAUGAUAGGCAAGUCAUCUAUGGAAAGAGACUUCUUAGACGUGGAGGGGAAGAGCCAAGGAUUCAAAAGUGACGGUGGCAUGAUAAAGGGGCUAGCUUCAGAAUUUCAAGAAGGUGCUGAGCAGGCAGGUUUGGCUUCUAUAGAUUGUAAAGAAAUGUCAGUCAAUAUCACUGGCAGGCAUGCUUCACUUGGUGUUGCUGGCUUCUAUAACGACAAGAUUGGGCUAUGUGAUCCUUUUGCAGAAGAGAUUGCUAAGGACCGAGUAUCAAUUGUCCCAUCCAAAGGGUCGGACAAUCUUUUGCUAAAACGUCCUCCUGUCUCAGGGGCUUCAUCACCCCAGGAAGGAUCGUCUGAGCUGUCCUCCGAUCCAGUCAUGAGAGGGAAAAAUCCUCCGGUGACGGUUCCUUCUGAAGGGAGAAGACGGGACCCUGGAGGAAAUCCAGCAAACCAAGUUCCUCCUGACACAUCGGCAUCUGUCAAGAAAGACACGCGGUUCCGGCGAACCUCAUCUUGCAGUGAUACUGAUGUCUCAGAGCCAUCAUUCAUCGACAUGCUGAAAAGCAAUGCUAAGAAGCCAGCACUUCCGGACAGUCGUGCAACAUCAGGAGUGCCCGAGUCAACAGAUGCAACACAGGCAGGCCGGGCUGGCAAAAAGAAAGGGAAGAAGGGGAAGCAAAUCGAUCCAGCUCUUCUCGGAUUCAAGGUCACCAGUAAUCGUAUCUUGAUGGGUGAGAUCCAACGUGUAGAAGAUUAAUGCCUCUUAUUUUGUAAAGCCGAUUUCUUUUGAAAAUGUACAGUAGUUUAAAUUCACUGUGAAGCAUUUGCAGAUGAAAAUUCUUUGAUUUUUUUACCCAUUUGCAUCUGAUUUGUGAUGAUGGGCUAGGAGAUGGGAAAAGCUUAGUAUUAGAGAAAUCAAUGCCAUGGUAGGUAGAGGAUGUACAGGCUAACAAUUUUGUAACGGUGGGUUAUCAAUGAAAGAGAAUCAUGUAUACAAAACAUGUAAUUAUGCUCCUAUGGCCUUUUUAUCUUCUCACCA